AGUCAGUUGGCAAGCAUCUGAAUUUUGAUCACAUGACCACAGGGAUGCCACAAUGGUCCCAAGUGUGAAAAAUGGUCCUAAGUCACUAGAAACGGUCACUAAAUGAACUGUUGUGAAUCAAGAAUUACCUUUAUAACAGUGCGUCAUAUGGUAAAUAUUUUAAUAAGAAUAUAGUCAGUUCUCCCAGUGCCCAAUCAUCUGCCCAAGGAGGCCCAGUAGGACCUGGUUUAUAUUAGGUUUACCUGCUCUAGCCUGUACACAAGUCUACUUAGUAUACUUGUAUCCCAUUUCAUAGAGAGGAAAAAAUGAGGCUGCUAGUCAAAAAAAAACUGCAGGAAUCUCAGCAGCAAAGCCAUGGCUCUUGGCCUGUAGGCAAAGCUUCAAGUCCUCUUCUUCCUUUGCUGGUUUUGGUCACUGCUCUCCAGUCACGAAAGCAGCAGCCUUCCAAGGCAGCCAAAGGUGCCUGGCAGCGUCCAGCCACUCUCCCCGCCCGCCCUUUGCUCUUGCUGUGGGGAUUGAGGCCUGUCUGGCAGGAAGCGGGCUUUGGAAAGCUGCACGCAUUCCUGACGUGCUGGUUCGGCCUGCUCUUGCUAUUCUCUCUGGAAGGGAAGCAGGACAUGGCUGCGCACAGGGGACUUUGGGACCAUCACAAAAGGGGGAGAGGAGCGGGAGGAGGAGGAGGAGGAGGAGGAGGGAGACAGGCUCGCCUCGGCACACACCCCCUUAGACGGCUUAUAAAAUCACGACGGACCAGCCGUUACAGCAAAAGCCGGGGGGCAAAAGGAAAGCCCCCGCGCCCUCGGGCUCAGAGUCGUUGCUUCUCCCGCAGGCAUCUCGGGCGCAGAGAAGGAAAGGCGGGGGCAUACAAGUUCCUCUCCCCCUUAUUAGAAACCCAAAGGGCCACAACGAUGGCGCAAAGCGAGGACAGACGGGGCGGGGAGCCCGCCGCACUCUUCCAAAGCGCCUUGCAGCUGGCGUUGCUGCUGUCUUGCGCCCUCCUGCUGUACUUCUGGGCGCGGAAGCGGUCGGCGGCUCCGGGCAAGCCUCUUCCCGGUCCCGUCGGAUGGCCGCUGGUCGGCAACGCCCUGCAGCUGGGUCGCCUGCCUCACCUCACUUUUUGCGAGCUGGCCGAGCGCUACGGCGACGUCUUCCAGCUCCGCCUGGGCUUGCGCUCCAUCGUGGUGCUCAACGGCGAGGCGACCAUCCGGCAGGCGCUGGUGCAGCAAGGCGGGCCCUUCGCCGGCAGACCCGACUUCCCCUCUUUCCGGAUUGUCUCCGGCGGGAAGAGCGUGGCUUUCGGACGCUACACCGAGCGCUGGCGGGCGCAGCGGCGGGUGGCGCAGGCCACGCUGCACGCUUUCUCGACGGCCAACGCGCCCAACAAGCGGCUCUUCGAGCAGCACGUGACGGCCGAGGCGCAGGAGCUCAUCGACGGCCUGGCGAAGCUGAGCCAAGGCGGCCUUUACGUCAACCCGCUGCCGCUGCUGACCGUGGCCAACGCCAACGUGAUGUGCGCCCUUUGCUUCGGCCAGCGCUACAGCCACUCCGACGUCGAGUUCCGCGAGCUGCUGGGCAGGAACGACCGCUUCGGCCAGACGGUGGCGGCGGGCAGCUUGGUGGACGUCCUGCCCUGGCUGCUCUACUUUCCCAACCCGGUGCGCAGCGUCUUCCGCGACUUCCAGGCUAUCAACCUGGAGAUGCUGGAGUUCGUCCGCUCCAAAGUGGCGCAGCAUCGGCUCUCUUUCCAGCCCGGCUCCCCUCCCCGUCACAUUAGCGAUGCCAUGCUGGGCCGCAUGGAGCAGGGCCCCGGGGGCAAAGAAGGGCCCCUCGGGGACUACGUGGAAGGCACGCUGAGCGAUCUCUUCGGCGCCGGUCAGGACACCAUGUCGGCUGCUCUCGCUUGGCUGCUGCUGCUGCUUCUGAAACACCCGCGGCUGCGAGAGCAGUUGCAGGCGGACCUGGACCGCGUGGUGGGUCGCGAGCGGCUUCCGACGGCUGACGAUCGCGCCUCCCUGCCUCGCCUGGAAGCCUUCCUCUACGAGACGCUGCGCUAUUGCACUUUCGUUCCGGUCACCAUCCCGCACGCCACCACCGCCGACGUGUGCCUGGACGGCUUCCACAUCCCCGAGGGCACCGUGAUCUUCGUCAACCAGUGGUCCGUCAACCACGAUCGGGUCCGCUGGAAAGACCCGCACGUUUUUGACCCGACCCGGUUCUUGGACGUCCAGCAGGAAACUUUGGACCGGGACCUCGCCUGCCGCGUCAUGGUGUUCUCGAUGGGCAAAAGGCGCUGCAUCGGGGAUCAGCUCGCCAAGCUGCAGCUCUUCCUCUUCACGGCCAUCCUUUUGCACCAGUGCGAUCUGACGGCCAACCCAGCCGAAGAGAUAAGUCCCACUCCGUGGAACAGCGAGCACGGGCUGGUUCUCAGGCCCCUGCCCUACACCUUAUCGGUCACCAGGCGAAGCACUUCCCGGGCCGAGGAGGACAGGAGCCGGAGGAACACCGACACCGCCUGCCCUUCUUAGCGCCACCCGCGACCUGCCUUGCAGAAGCGUCUUUAAUUCUGCAAUAAGCGCCCUGGCGGGAGAAUCGGUUGACUUUCCUUGACUUAACGUUUCUGAAAUCAGCGUCUUUACUUAUUCCGGGUGCCUUUACCAGCAGCGGGAACUCAGACAUAGGAAGUCCUCCGUCAAAGGAAAUUUCAGCUGGGCUCGUUCCCCCCCCCCCCCGACUAUUAACUCUGAAAGUGAUCAAAGCAGUUGAAUUGGUGUCCCCUUCUCUAUAUCCUAAAAAAGCCUUCUCGGUCUGAUGCUGCUGCGCUUGCUGUGCUCAGUUGCAACUGCUUCACUAUGAGCUGUGGGGAGACUGCAAAUUUGAUUUACAAAUAAAUAGCAAUGUAGACAAUACUUUUUUACUCUCUUUUAUCCCUUGCCCUACUCUGUAAACUUGGAUAGAGAAUAAGAUAGGAAAUUAAUUGUAUGCAUUCCUUUUCCUGUCCAAAAUAUCACACAAAAUGCAGAAUUUUCUUGCAUACAAUCCAGCCCAGCCUUCAUCCAUGUUUUUUUUUUUUUUGGUGGGGGGGAAACCAUAAGUAGAAAGACCCAGGCUUAAAUGAUUGUUCAGUUCACACAGUAGGAAUAGAAUAGAUUUAAUCCACUUUUCGCCUUCUGCAAGUGAUUGCAGGGAUUGAGGAAAGAAUAUGGGUUAACUGGGUUUUUUGGAGUUGGCCAACACAUAAAUUUAGAUAAAUAGCUAAUAUUAGAAUUGAAUUCUAUAGUGAAAAGAUGUUCAUGCAUAUUCAUUGGUUGAAGUGUGAGUAGAAACUACAGGUAGUCCUCAACUUACAACAGUUUGCUUAGUGACCGUUCAAAAUUACAACAGCACUGAAAAAUAGUGACCGGUUCUCACACUUACGACUAUUGCAGCAUCCCCAUGGUCACAUGAUUUACAUUUGGAUGCUUGACAACUGACUCAUAUUUAUGACCGUUGCAGUCUCACAGAGUCGCAUGAUCACCUUUUGCGAACUUCUGACAAACAAAGUCAGUGGGGUGAUUCACUUAACAAAUGUGGCAAGGAGAGUCGUAAAGUGGUGCAAAACCCACUUAACAAAUUUCUCACUUAACUAUAUAAAUGUUGGGCUGAAUUGUGGUUGUAAGUUAAAGACUAUAUGCAUAUCUACUUAUUUGCUAGCCAAACAUUUAAAAGUUUUGUACAACAGCAGUUUUUAAAUUUGAGUGCAAAGUAGUAAAAAAGCCUAAACCAUUGAAUCUUAAAACAUUUCAUUAUUCUGCUUGAAGUAUUAUUUUCUUAGGUUGUUGUAUGAUAAUAUUCAAAUCUCAAAUUACUUUGCACUUUUAAAACAUGUGAUUUAAUGUCCCUGAAUAAAGUUUUUUUUUUCCUUUUUCACAAA